GUGCAUUUUAGGGAAUUUUUAGUCUUAUCAAGAGCAACAACAAAUUUGGAAAUGGAAUUUGUAAAUGGAACUAUAAUAUUUUAGUAGGGGCAUUCUACUCUAAAUGAACUGUCUUUUUCUGUUCAGAUUUCAAUAUUGUUUCCUUGCAGGCCAUGCGGCGGACCAAUGCACGAGUCGCGAUUUUUCUUCUCUGUUUUCGGGAUUUGAUCGGCACCCUCCCCCUGCGCGCGAAGAGAGCCUUUCUCCUAAGGAAUCUUAACUCCUUCUAGGUGGUAGAUAUUCUGUUGAUAUGGGUAACCUCGACCGCAACCGAAGGAACGAGCUUGCGAGGAAGAGAUCCUGCAAAGGUAAAUCACAUAUCGGCUCUUCAUCUCAAAGCCGAGAUGAUUUUGAUACGGGUUACGCAAGGAGGGAUGAGGAUGCGAUGACCGUCGAACAACUAGAACAAGAAUUGCAUCGACAUAAUAGCCGCUUUUUCCAAGACCAGUCGAGGACCAUUGACGAAGAAGAGCUCGAGGACGACGAUGUGGAGGAAGUAAUUCCGGAGUGCCACGAGCCCACGAUGACGACGCGGAGGAGGGUGGCGGCAGCCACGACGCCGACGAGCCUGCCUCAUCCC